AUGCCAGCACUCAAAGUUUCCCAUCCUGGUGUUACGUUUUACAUCUUCGAACUCCAAGGGACGCUGCAAUAUACCAUUACGCACCGAGGGAAACCAGCAAGGGAGUACGAACUCUGUGAGCAGGACUUUGACGACAACGAUGCCGUGCUCCAAGAUGAUUCCGUAGCGAAGGUAGGCCCGGGCACUGACGCGAGUGCAGUUGGAGUGCAACUCCGUGUGGUCAAGAACGACGGUGUGCUCAGCGUGGUAUUCGAAAGGAAGGACGGCGGCGACGCCAACUGGGCCUUCAACGGUAUGGACGAUGUGACUGGAGGACCAAGGAUUGCUUCUGCUGCUACGCAAACUGAGGUCGAGGCUUCGAAGUGCUCAACUUGUGGGGCAGACAGAUUGAGAGAAGUGGAUACGAGUGAUGGUGAAACACAGACAGAAGUCAAGGAUAUGCAAGAUGAAAAUACGCAAACGGGAAAGAUAAAUAUGGGCGACGCCAUGACCCAGACCAGUGCUAGGCAUCCAGAAGAGCGAGUACGCAUACCAAGAUCGAGAACGAUGAUGGGGUCAAACCUUUCUCAUUCUCAAGUACCGGAGUACAAACUGAGAUGA